AUGAAGUUUGAUUCUGAUGAUAUGGCUUAUGCAUUUUACAGUGCAUAUGCACAUGGUCUUGGAUUCAGUGUAAGAAAGCAGUUCAUCAAGCGAACUUCAACAGGAGAAGUAAAAAGAAGAACAUAUACAUGUGCUAAAGAAGGUAAAAAAUCUAAGAUGAAAAAGGGAAAGCAGGUUGCUUACGAACGACCAAUUACCAGAAUAGGUUGUUUAGCAAAGAUGACAUGCAAACUGCAGAAUGAUGGUUUGCUUGAGGUUAUUUCUUUUGAAGCAAACCACAACCAUGAUUUGGCUCCCACUCCGAUGAAGCACAUGUUGAGAUCGAAUAGAAAGAUCAGUUUUGCUCAGAAAGCUAUUGCAGAUGAUGCUGAAAAGGCUGGGCUACCAACCAAGUCGGUUAUUAAUUUACUAGCAGUGCAGAAUGGGGGUCGGGAGAACAAUGGAUUUCUAGACAAAGACUACUACAAUUAUAUUGAUUCUCAGAGAAGGGCUAGACUGAUUAGGGGUGACGGUCAAGCUAUUAUGGAUUGUUUUCAAAAAUCACAAUCAGAUGAUCCAUCAUAUUUUUAUUCAGUGCAACUUGAUGAUGAUGAUCUUAUUAUGAAUAUGUUUUGGGCAGAUAGCAGGUCGAUACUUGAUUACAAGUACUUUGGAGAUGUUGUAUGUUUUGAUACAACCUACAGAAUUAACAAGUAUGGUCGCCCUUUUGCUCCUUUUGUUGGAGUCAAUCAUCUGAAGGAGACAAUAAUUUUUGGGGCAGCAUUACUAUAUGAUGAAACGAUCACAUCAUUCAAGUGGUUAUUUGAAACCUUUCUGAGAGCAAUGGCAGGAACACAACCCAAGACUAUAUUAACAGAUCAAUCAGCUGCUAUGGCCAAAGCCAUUGAAGAGGUACUUACCGAAACCCAUCAUCGUUUAUGUGUUUGGCAUAUUUAUCAAAAUGCUGCUAAACACUUAAGCCAUGCAUUUCAUGCAUCUAGCCAAUUUGCUGUUGAUUUUGGUUCAUGUGUAUAUGAUUAUGAGGAUGAGGAUAAAUGGUAUGAGGCUUGGGAUGCUAUGCUUAAAAGGUACAAUUUGGAGAACAAUGAAUGGUUGCAUGGAAUUUUCUUAGAAAGAGAAAAAUGGGCCAUGGUUUAUGGGCGACAUAUGUUUACUGCUGAUAUGAUGAGUACACAACGUAGCGAAUCAAUGAACAAUGUGUUGAAGAAGUACCUGAAGCGAAAACACAACAUGGUGUACUUUUUUGAGCACUAUGGGCGAUUGAUAGAAGAUAGACGCUAUAAAGAGCUCUUGUCAGAGUUCAACAUGAGGAACACCAGCCCAACAUUGAGAGCAGAUGUUGAGGUGUUAAGACAGGCAUCAGAGAUCUAUACUCCUAAAGUGUUUCUAAUGUUCCAAGAAGAAUACCUCAAAGUUUGGGAUUGUACCAUUGAUAAGACUAGCAAAACAGAAGUUCAAGUGGUGUAUAAAGUGAGAUAUGCUGGUAGAGGGACAGAGCACCAAGUCCGAUUUGAGCUUUCUUCUCAAGUUGUUGAAUGCAGUUGCAGAAAGUUUGACUUCGUGGGGAUUCUAUGUGCUCAUGCUCUAAAAGUUCUUGACAAGAAAAAUAUAAAGCACAUUCCUAAGCAGUAUAUAUUGAAGAGAUGGACAAAGGAUGCAAAAGAUGGACAAAUUAGUAGUUCAACUCAAGCUCAUGGAGAGUCUAAGGAGCUUAUUGGGAAGCGCUACUUGAAUCUUAAUUACAAUUUUCGAGAGAUAUCUAGCCUAGCAGCUGAGAAUGGCACUAUGUAUGAGCACACAUUUGGAGUACUAUCAAAUUUGCUAAAAGAUUUGCAGGGGAUGAAAAAAUGCUCACAUGGUGGAACUUCUAAUGAGUCAUUAUGCUCGAAAGGUGAACAAGAUUAUCCAAUUGUAGCUGGAGUUAAGACCAAAGCUACAUUUGGACAACCGAAAGGCAGACCAAAAGGUGCAUUGGAGCGAAGAAAAAAUCGUAAAAGUCAAACAAAGCCACAGGUUUGCUUCUUCUUUUGA